AUGGUCAAGAGACGACAAAUUUUCCAGUCCAUACGAUCGCUCUUUAUACAAACUGCAGACACGCCAAAUGAACAAGCAUUGAAGUUUCUUCCAUCGGUGCAAAUCUUGGGUGAGAAUGAAACUCGUGAAUUUCUAAGUGGUAGAGAGGCACACGCUUCUCCAUUAGCAGUUAAAUUAUUUAGUGUAGAUGGCGUAAAAUCCAUCAUGUUUGGUUCCAAUUUCAUUACUGUUGAAAAGCUACCUCAAUAUGAAUGGCAAAUACUCAAACCUGAGAUUUUUGCCAUCCUAACUGAAUAUUUGAAUAACGGCUUGGCGAUUAUGAAUGAAGAAGAGGAACUAGCUGAAGAUUUGGCAUUCAACGAAGAUGAUGAUGAAGUAGUACAGAUGAUUAAAGAGUUGAUAUUUACGAGAAUACGCCCCGCUAUACAAGACGACGGAGGGGAUAUUGAAUUUGUUGAGUUUAGAUCUAGUGAUGGUACAGUUUUCUUAAAAUUGAAAGGUGCAUGUCGUUCAUGUGAUUCAAGUUCUGUGACUUUGAAAAAUGGGAUUGAAAGUAUGUUGAAACAUUACAUUGAGGAAGUAGAAUCUGUGGAACCUGUAGAGGAAAUAGAGGUCGAAGAGGAAGAAAAGGGUUAUGCUAAUAAUAUUUCCCAGUUUGAGACCAAAGUACUACCCAGGACGCGAAACCAUGAAGAAGAAGAUUCACCACCAAGUUUAUAA